UCAAUGGGACUUUUACACUUUAAGAAGCCCGUUUCUUGAAACCUUCUUUUCGCAUUGAUCUAUUCUCCGUUGAGAAACGCGUGCACUGAGGUUUGGGAGUAAGAUAUAAACAUACAUUACACUGUGGUGUCUUGACCUGCAAUUUAAUACCUUUCUCAUAGUGCAGCUAACUUUUCUGCGAGACCUGGAGAUCAAAAUGGCGUCUACCAUGAGUGAAGAGUUAUCCUACUUUGUAACCUACGCUUCAGCUGUGAUGCUGAAAAUGGUUGUUCUUUCUCCUAUGACAGGAUAUAUCCGUAUAACACGAAAGGUGUUUGCUAACCAAGAGGAUAUGGUAGGACUCAAGGACAAGAAACCAAUAUUUGACCACCCUAUCGUAGAACGAUUAAGAAGAUGUCAUCUCAACGAUUUGGAGAACAUUGUCCCAUUCUUUGGCCUUGGUCUUCUCUACGCUAUGUCCUCUGGUGCCCCUCUGACUAGGAUCGUGUGGCAUUACCGUAUCUUUGUUAUCUCGCGUUUUCUUCAUAGCUUCGCCUAUCUGUUUGCCGUACCCCAGCCGACCCGCGCCUUUUCUUUCGCGGCCGGCCUUGCCGUCAACAUUUCAAUGGGCGUGCAGAUUCUGAUGAACAACUGGAAUUUUUGAUGAAACAGAAAGCAACUCAAUCACUUUGAAAGUUCAAGUUGAAAUUUAUAUUUUAUAUUGGAAAUUUCGUUUUGAUGCUUGAGAUUAAUAUCAAUAUGAUCCCACUGUUCGGAGGUUGAAGAGUUUAUUUUUCACUUCCUUAUUUCCCUUCAAAACUUUUGAGAACUAUAUAUAUAUAUAUAUUGUAAAGAAAUGGAUGAAGAGAACAAUGG